AUGCUUCGGACACCAGCCGCUGCGAUCCUUAAUGUCACCGGCAGUCUCUCAGCAACUCCUCGUGCUGGUAAUCUCUCUCGCUCUCUCUCUCUCUCCCCUUCUCCCUUUUCCUCCCUUGGUCCCCUUUUCGCCGGCGAGCCCCCCCCCCCCCCCGUGCGUAUCUACGAGAAAUCGAAAUAAUUUCUUAUACAUGUUUAUUUUUGUGACGAACCGACUUUAUUUGUUUGCUCUGGAAAGCCAGCCCGUCUUUGGUGAUUUCCUACGAUAUUUAUGUGCCCUCGUCUUUGGUGUGUCAGAACUGCAUGCAGUUGGAAAACCGUGGAAGAUUUCUGAUGCAAGGCUGGCACUCGAGGAUGGUUCCAUAUGGAGGGCCAAGUCUUUCGGUGCCCUGGGAACACAAGUUGGUGAAGUAGUGUUCAAUACAUCCUUAACUGGGUAAUUUCCAUGGCUCAACCUUUUCUGCUUCUGUUGGAAACUGCUAAUUGGUAAUGCUGUGAAUGCCUGAACAACAUUCCGAUGUGAGAUACGUAUUACUGCGAAAACUUUCGCCGGGGAUUCUUCCGAAGCAGACUUUUAUAUUUAUUUGAACUAAUAGACAGCAUUAUGUUUUUAUUUACCCGUGAAGAGGUAGACCUAUGUUGUAUACGCCCUCCCUGUGGUCUUCAGAACUUUUAAAAUUUAGUGAAAGGUAUUGGAGAAAGAGUUCAUCAAUUGUGUAAAGAGUAGAGUACGCAUUGACCAUUUGGUGAUUGCUGUUCGUGAAAUCUUGCAUCUUUGCCGUCUUUAGACGCCACUCUACAUGUUUAUCAAUGUUUGUAAAAUUAUCCCAUAUUUUUUGGGUCCGAUUUUCUGAUACUUGUUGAAAGGUUUCAUGACUUGUAGUCCCAUAACUUUGUCUCAUUUCUCUUUUAAAUUAUGAUGACAGGUACCAGGAAAUUCUCACAGAUCCAAGUUAUGCAGGCCAGUUUGUCCUGAUGACGAAUCCUCAUAUUGGCAAUACUGGUGUUAAUCCUGGUGUGUUUUUAUUCCUCAUUUUGAAUUUUCCAGCAAAUGCUUUAUAAUCUAGAUGUUAGUAAAACUUGUGUUUGGACCUUCUACAGGUGAUGAAGAAUCUAGGCAAUGUUUCCUCACGGGUUUAGUAAUCAGGAGCCUCAGUAUUUGGUAUUCUCAUUUCUUAUCAUCUAUCAUUUUUCUCAUUACAGCUGAAAUGAGUUAUGAAAAAUAGUUUGACCAACCUGAAAUUUCAUAAUCAUCUGUGAUCAGUACGUCAAACUGGCGGUGCACAGAAUUACUUGGUGAUUACUUGGCGAAAAGAAACAUCAUGGGAAUAUGUAGGUGCACUUGUUAAGUUCAUGGAUCUUUUUCCCUUUGUCUCGAGUUUCUGUCAGAUAUUUUAUGUGAUCUUAUGAAACAGAUGAUGUCGAUACUCGCGCCAUCACUCGUAGAUUAAGACAGGAUGGUAGUUUAAUAGGUGUUCUGAGCACCGAGGAAUCCAAAACAGAUGAUAUGCUUCUGGAGAUGUCCCAGAAAUGGAAAAUCGUCGGUAAGUUUCAGUUUCACAUUAAUCAUUUCGUUUUCUUCUUUCUCUAGUAUGUAAAUUUAUUGUCUGCCAGUAAGUUGGAAGUCGGCUGUAUUGAUUUUAUUCUAUCUCCCCUAUUCCUUCCAAAGUGAGUAAAUCCAAUUUGAGGCAAUAAAAGAUUCAUCCUUUCCAACUUGGUAUCUUUCUCCAAUAAAGUUCAGCCAAUUUCAAAUGAAGAUUUUAAAUUUCGGGCCGGGGUAUCCCCUAGGAGCUCUGCUGAUCCUCGUCUGACCAUUAUUGCAGUUAUGACACGACCGAUUUCUACACUUAUUUUUUGGUUUGUACUUUGAUCCGUUGAAGGAUUCAUCUGAAUGGAUGAACACUGCUCCAUUUAUCAAUUUGGUUACAGAUGUCUCAGUCCACAUUUUGAAUGACGUGAUUAAACUAAAUGUAAUGUAGUAGAUAUUUCCAAUCUUCUCAAAGUGUAUUCAUUAUAUUUUAUUGACGUUUUCAAUCGAAAUAUAACCUAAAAUUUGUACAGCCUUGGAAAUUAACUUCUUGAUGUAAACUUUUUUUGGUCUUAAAGUUGUCUAAUGGAUGAAAAAUUGAUAUCAUGAUCAUUAUCUUGCUAAUCAUCAGGCGCUAAUCUUCUGAAGUGUCCAUUCGUCGAGUUAUUUAAGCUUUACGCCUGAAACAGUUUAUAGUUCUUGUAAACACUGCUGAAGUAUAAUGUCUUGAGGAAUGCUGCUAUUUUCCAAUCAUACACUUUCUACUCAUUUUGUUGAUCUGUUUGUCUUGAAUGUGAUUCCCAUUGCUCUUCUAAACUUGGCAUCUUUUUUGCAUGUUACUAUGGCUCAUGUGCUUCCUUGAAAGAAGGGAUUGAUCUUCCCAUGUCUCUGUAGGUGUUGAUUUGAUAACUGGCGUCUCUUGUGAUAAUCCAUAUGAAUGGACAGAGAAAACUGAUCCAGAGUGGGAAUUCAAUGAAGCCCAGAACCUGGCAGAGAAAUUACAUGUUAGCAUAAUUUAAUCAUAUAGAAGAUUACCUUAGAACAUUCAUUCAAUUUCUUUUAUUAACAUUUUUUCUUAUCUUUAUAGGUCGUUGCAUAUGACUUUGGGAUCAAAUAUAACAUCCUGAGGAGACUGGCGUCUUCUGGGUGCAAAAUUACUGUUGUGCCUUCGACUUGGCCUGCAUCGGAAACUCUAAAGAUCAACCCUGAUGGAGUUCUUUUCAGCAAUGGCCCAGGGGAUCCAGCUGCAGUUCCUUAUGCAGUACAAACGGUGAAGGAAAUUAUUGGAAAGGUUCCAGUUUUUGGAAUCUGCAUGGGUCAUCAGUUGCUUGGCCAGGCUUUGGGUGGCAAGACUUUUAAGAUGAAAUUUGGUCACCAUGGAGGAAACCAUCCCGUCUGUAACCUUAAAACAGGUCGUGUGGAGAUCAGUGCUCAGGUUUGACAUAUUUUACUCAGCAAUAAUUUAUAAAUUUUUGGAAUCUCCAUUGACACUAUUAAUUAAUGUGGUCGUUUGAUCUACACAAUCUGCCCUAUUUUUAACUGGCAUCUGCUCUCUCGUUUUCAAUUCAGCUAUAUCUUGUAAGAUAUGAUAAGUCUUUGUGCUGUUCCCUUUUAAGAGUUAUGUUCUAGUUGGAUUCUAUACUGUGAAAGAUGGUUAUCUAAACCUCAUUGACGAUUGUUUUCUUUACGUCAUGUAGAACCACAACUAUGCUGUCGAUCCGGCAUCACUCCCUGCUGGUGUGGAAGUUACUCACAUUAACCUGAAUGACAACAGUUGUGCUGGUCUUUCAUGCCCUGAGCUAAAGUUGAUGUCCUUGCAGUACCAUCCUGAGGCAUCCCCAGGGCCUCAUGAUUCAGAUCCUGGUAAUGUCUCGUCACAUCUGGUGAUAAUCAUUUCUACGAAAAUAAUUGUGAAAAAUAAUCGUGUUCAUUUCUCGAGUCAAAUGGUGUCUAUGAACGCAAAUGGAGAGAGACAAGAUCCAUUUCGAUCACAUAUUUUAACCUUCUUGGGUUUUGACUUGAACUGGUUUGUGAGCAACAGGAAAAUUUGACACAUUAUCAUUGAUUUAUUUUUUUUCUAAUGGGCAAAAUGGAGUUAAUAUUUAUCGAACAUCUGGAUGGUUAUUUUUCUAAUGGCAUAUUUCAACCUUCUGCCCUCUGUAUUUAUUCUUUCUUUUCUAUUUUCUUUGAUUGUGGGUGACUGUCACGAUGGAUUGGGUCUGACUCUGCCGUUAGAAGUUGUGAUUACCGAAUGCCGACUGCGCUCCUCUCUGAAUUCUUGUUCAUUUCAAGUCUGGAAGAGUCCCCUUUCUUUCAAUUUAUUAAAACAUAAAAAAUGUAUCAAACUUGGGUAAUCUUUUCUUUAUAUGGAAAGUUCGACAGUCUCUUACAGAACUUGCAAUGAUGCUCAAAUGCAUGAAACUAUCCAUCUGGGUCCUCACUUCUUCAUAGUUUCACUUUUCCGUCUGUCUAGUGCUCUGCAUAAUCUGCUUCUACUGGCACCUCAAGAAGAAAUUGCUAAAUAAUGUAAUCUUCUUCGUUGCAGCUUUUGGAGGUUUCAUUCAAUUGAUGAAGCUAGUUAAGCAGAAGAAGUAA